AUGUCCACGGAGUACAGCAACACAAAGCUGGACGCAGCACAGCUGAAUGAGCGUCGCCGCGAGGCCUUGGCCAAGAUCGACAACGCCGAGUUUGGUUGGUUCCACAUCCGUGCCUGCCUCGUGGCCGGCGUCGGCUUCUUCACGGAUGCAUACGACCUCUUCGCCAUCAAUUUGGUCACGCCCAUGCUUGGAAUCAUCUACUUUGCCAAUGGCACUCUUCCCUCAGACUUGGACUUGGGCAUCAAGGUCGCGGCUUCUGUCGGAACCUUUCUCGGUCAGAUUGGGUUCGGCUACCUUGCCGAUCGCCUCGGACGCAAACGCAUGUACGGUAUCGAGCUGAUGAUCAUUAUUGUUGCUACGCUUGGUCAGGCCCUCUCUGGAAAUGGAUACGUCCUCUCCUUGCCUGCUGCCCUGAUUAUCUGGCGUGUGCUUGUCGGUAUCGGCAUCGGUGGUGAUUACCCCCUCUCUGCCGUCAUCACCUCGGAGUUCGCCACUACCAACCGCCGCGGUGCCAUGAUGGCCGCUGUCUUUGCCAUGCAGGGGUUCGGAUACUUGACCACCGGUCUCAUUGCCAUUAUUCUCCUUGCAGCCUUCAAGAACAGCAUCAUCGCCAAUCCUCAGAAUCUGGACUAUGUCUGGCGCAUCUUGAUCGGCUUUGGAUGCAUCCCUGCCCUUGUCGCCGUCUACUUCCGCCUUACCAUCCCUGAGACUCCCCGCUACGUCUUGGAUAUCGAGAACAACCUCAACAAGGCCGAGCGCGACGUCGCUAACGUCCUCAAGGAGAACCGCAACCACCUUCAGUCCGAGGACGACAACGAGGUCCUCCAAAAUCCCUCGACUGCCAAGGGUUCCUUCUCGGACUUCAUCGCGUACUUUUCAAAGUGGAAAAACUUCAAAGUCCUCUUCGGUACCUCCAUGGCCUGGUUCGCUCUCGAUGUGGCCUUUUACGGAAUCGGUCUCAACAACUCCUUCAUCCUAUCUUCGAUCAACUUCUCAUCCGUCAAGGGCGACUACUGGAACACCUGCUGGAACGCUGCCGUCGGUCAGAUCAUUAUUGUUCUUCUCGGCUCCGUUCCCGGCUACUGGGUCACUGUCUUCACCAUCGAGCGUCUUGGUCGUAUCAAGAUUCAACUGCUCGGCUUCUUUAUGUCCUGCGUCCUCUUUUGCGUCUUGGGAUUCGCAUACAGCCAGAUCAAGAACUACUCUGUCGCUCUCUUCGUCUUCCUCUUUGCUGCUACUCAAUUCUUUCAGAACUUUGGGCCCAAUUCCACAACCUUUGUCAUCCCCGGCGAGGUCUUCCCUACUCGCUACCGCUCUACCGGUCACGGUAUCGCUGCAGGUUCCGGUAAGCUGGGUGCCAUCAUUGCUCAGGUCGGAUUUUCUCAGCUCAAGGACCGCGGUGGCUCUAACGCCUUCAUCCCUCAGUUGCUGCAGAUCUUUGCCCUGUUCAUGUUGAUCGGUUUAUUGGUGACAUUCCUCAUCCCCGAAACCCGUGGCAAGACACUUGAAGAGCUGUCGAACGAGAACGACUAUGCCACAGACAGCCACAACAACAAUACCUUAAAUGAGGAGGAGAAGUAG